GCUCCAGUAAUACCAAUGGACAUCAGCAGUAGUUGCUAGCAUGGCGGCUGCGAUAAAGGAAAAAUCUCAGCUGCAAUUUGACGAACGGUGGCCGAAGAUGCGGCCGACGAUACUGAAGCUGCUUCACCAGGAUCCAAUCACCAGAACCGAAUGGCAGGGCUUGUUCUGGGACAUUCAUGCCGUGUGUCUGUGGGAUGAGCGAGGUCCAUCCAAACUCUAUGCUGCGCUUCAGGAGGAUAUCCUGGAGUUUAUCAGCAUUGCGCAGAGGCGUGUCUUAGAGCACCAGGAGGACCAGGCCCUGUUGAAUGCCUACAUCAGGGAGUGGCGCAAGUUCUUUGUCCAGUGCAGUUACCUGCCCAUGCCCUUUGGGCAGCUGGAGACGGUGCUUGCGGGCAAGAGCCCCAAGAAGGCAGAGGAAGGCCUGGUGCGCAAGCUCAUGCUCGACACCUGGAACCAGAGCAUCUUCUCAACCAUCAAGGGCCGCCUGCAAGCCAGCGCCAUGAAGCUGGUGCAUGCAGAGCGCAUGGGGGAGGCCUUUGACUCCCAGCUGGUGGUCGGGGUGCGAGAGUCCUACGUGAACCUGUGCUCCAACCCAGAGGACAAGUUGCAGAUCUACCGGGAAAACUUUGAGCGGGCCUACAUCGACGCCACCCGGCAGUUCUACCGGGCACAGGCGCCCCAGUUCCUUGAGGAGAACGGCGUUCAGAGUUACAUGAGGUAUGCCGACCAGAAGCUGAAGGAAGAAGAGCAGCGUGCGGCCAAGUACCUUGAGUCGCAGCCUUCCGGGUCGGUGCCCGCCCUGACAGAGUGCUGCGUCGGGGUGCUGGUCACUGCCUUCCGGGAGUCCAUCCUGGCAGAGUGCCCUGGCAUGAUUCGGGCAGGGGAGACUGCCCGCCUCCAGCUCAUGUUCUCUCUGAUGGACCGGGUGUCCGACGGAGUCUUGCCCAUGCUCAGGGACCUCGAGCAGCACAUCCAGUCGCAGGGUCUGGCAGACAUGCUCGCCUCGGCCGACGUCAUCACGCAGGAUUCUGAAAAGUAUGUGGAACAACUGCUGGACCUGUUUGAGAGGUUCAGCCUGCUAGUCAAAGAGGCGUUCAACGACGACCCCCGGUUCUUGACCGCCAGAGACAAGGCAUUCAAGCAAGUCGUUAAUGAUACCUCUGUGUUCCGCCUAGAACUUCCGUCCAAGCAGAAAGGGGUGGCCAACAAGACCCAGCCAGAGUCUCGCUGUCCCGAGCUUCUGGCGAACUACUGCGACAUGCUGCUGCGCAAGACACCUCUUAGCAAAAAGCUUACCUCGGACCAGAUUGAGGCAAAGCUCAAGGAAGUGCUUCUGGUGCUGCGGUACGUACAGAACAAGGACGUGUUUAUGCGCUACCACAAGGCCCACCUGACACGGAGGCUUAUCCUGGACUCUUCUGCCGACAGUGAGAAGGAAGAGAACAUGGUUGAAUGGCUUAGGGAUGUGGGCAUGCCAGCCGACUAUGUCAACAAGCUUGCAAGGAUGUUUCAGGACAUCAAAGUGAGUGAAGACCUCAACCAGCAAUUUAAGGAUGUCCACAGGAACAGCAAGGGGCUGCUAGCUGAUUCCAUCAACAUCAAGAUCCUGAAUGCCGGAGCUUGGGCCCGUGGCAGCGAGCGGGUUCAGGUGUCUCUCCCACUCGAACUCGAAGAUUUCAUCCCAGAGGUGGAAGACUUCUACCGGCGGAAACACAGCGGCCGCAAACUGCAGUGGUACCACCACAUGUCCAACGGAACGAUAACCUUCUGCAACCAGGUUGGCAAAUUCGAUCUGGACGUGACCACCUUCCAAAUGGCUGUGGUGUUUGCCUGGAACCAGAGGCCAUACGACCGCAUCUCCUUCGAGAACCUACGGUUAGCGACGGAGCUACCCGACGCAGAACUCAGGAGAACUCUCUGGUCUCUGGUUGCAUUCCCCAAACUGAAGCGGCAGGUGUUGCUGUGUGGAUUUGAAGCCAAGUCCCCCAAGGACUUUGAAGAUGGCACCCUGUUCUGGAUAAAUCAGGAGUUUGGAGUCAUCAAAAACGGCAAGGUGCAGAAGCGUGGCAAGGUGAAUCUGAUUGGCCGACUCCAGCUCUCCACCGAGAAGAGCAAGGAGGAGGACAACGAGAGCAUUGUACAGCUCAGGAUACUCAGGACACAGGAGGCAAUUGUUAAAAUCAUGAAGAUGCGCAAGCGGAUUACUAAUGCCCAGCUUCAAACUGAACUGGUGGAAAUAUUGAAAAACAUGUUCCUGCCUUCCAAGAAGAUGAUCAAGGAGCAGAUUGAGUGGCUCAUAGAGCACAAGUACAUGCGGCGAGACGAGGAGAACAUCAACGAGUUCAUCUACAUGGCUUGACGAAAGCAGAGCCCUCGGGGGGUUUGCGGAUUGAGACGCUCUAGGAUGUGGAAUGGCAGUGUGUACUUGUGGGCUGGCUGUGUGUGCACGCUACAAGAAUUCUUUUGGUCUGUUUUCUUUGUGCUGCAAAGUCUAUUACGUUUGUGCGCUAUUUAUAGAGGGGAACACCUUGAGACGAGCAGGAUUCCAGAUUACCUCCAUCUGUUUGCCGUCUCGGCGAGGCGGCAUUGCAUAGGGGGCGUAAGAGAACAAACAUAGGAACCAAGAUCCAAGUGAAAUUGUGCAUUGUUUGUUUGGGAGUUGUUACGUCUUUGUGAUGGAAAAGAGGAUUAUAAUGUGCCUGGUGAGUCGCCGCGAAGUGUGCCAAUGAAAAAUCGAAACUCAAAAAAGAGGGACGGCGAAAAAAAAAAUAUAUAUAUAUUUUGCCACAAUUUUUUUUUUUUCUGCUGCUUUUUUGGUUUUAGAUUUUCGCAUUGUUAGGCUUCAGUGUUCACCGGUUGAACAGUGCCCUUUCGUUGAUCGAGUGUUCACAAACAUUAUUUUUCAAGUAAUGAAAUGUGGAGGAGCUAAAGAGGAAGAUUUUAGAGUUUUAUGUUUCUCUUUAUCAACAAAGGUGUGUAAAGAUGCUUCAGUUUAUUUUGGUUACGAUGUAUAAGUUAGGGUUAUGUUUUCACAUGGGCUUGCAAACAGACCGCAUAUUUGAUAUAUAAAACCCAACCUGUAUAUUAUGAUAUUGGAGGGUUGAGUUGGACAUUGAUGUGGUUGCCUUUUUUUUUUGCAAGGGCAUUCUGCAGACGAGCCAGAUUCUAGCUUGAGACAGACUUUUGUGUGUAUCACACUCAGCCUUGCCAAAAUUCUUACAACUGCCAUUUUGUUGGUGUUUGAAAUGUGUACUACUCGCCCUGCAUAGCAGAAGCUUCAGGACAUGUGGACUCUGUUUUUUUGUACAUAUCUAUUUAUUAUCACAACCACCAGCCCUUUGCUGACUGAUAUAACUUAUUUUUCCUGCUCAUUUCGAAGCAGUAUUCGCCUCUGUAAAACAAAAGAGAGGUGGCAAAGGUGUCAGAGGUUAGGCGGUGUUGUAAAUAGGUUUCACAUGUGAAUAAAUCGAAACUUUUGCUUGUA